CUAAAAAUAUAGUUAUCAAGUUAAGUAAAAUGUCAAUAGACUUUUAAUUUAAUUUUCAUUGUUUUACCAUUCUUUAUAAUGAUAAAAAAUAUUAAGUCUAUACUUUUUUAUUUAAUGUACAGAAUACAGAUAUACAUAAGAUACAUAAAUACAUACACAGUAUAAAUGUGAUUAAAAUAUAAUGGGAGAUUUCAUCAGAAAAAAAAAGUCUCUAAAAAGGCUCUGGGGUUGGAGAGGAAGGAAGCAAUAAUGAAAAAAAAUGUGGUGAGAAAAAAGACUUCAAACCCAUUUAAAGAAUGCGUAAAGAAAGGAAAAAGAGAAAUAGAAACUAACAUGGGCAUUUGGAAAGUAGAAAAUAGUAUGUUCCCUAUUUAAGGCUAUGCACAAAGCAAGGUCUUCAGAGAGCCUGGAGCCUAAGGUUCAGGUUCACCCAUUUCAACCAAAAUAGCAGCAUCUGCAACAACUACAAUGGCCUUGACCUUUCCUUUACUGAUGGCCCUCAUGGUCCUCAGCUACAAGUCAAGCUGCUCUCUGGACUGUAAUCUGCCUCAAACCCACAGCCUGGGUAACAGGAGAACUUUGAUGCUCCUGGCACAAAUGAGGAGAAUCUCUCCUUUCUCCUGCCUGAAGGACAGACAUGACUUUGAAUUUCCCCAGGAGGAGUUUGAUGGCAACCAGUUCCAGAAGGCUCGAGCCAUUUUUGUCCUCCAUGAGAUGAUCCAGCAGACCUUCAACCUCUUCAGCACAAAAGACUCAUCUGCUGCUUGGGAUGAGACCCUCCUAGACAAAUUCCGCACUGAACUUUACCAGCAGCUGAAUGAAUUGGAAGCCUGUGUGAUGCAGGAGGUGGGGGUGACAGAUACUCCCCUGCUGAAUGAGGACUCUACUCUGACUGUGAAGAAAUAUUUCCAAAGAAUCACUCUCUAUCUGAAAGAGAAAAAAUACAGCGCUUGUGCCUGGGAGGUUGUCAGAGCAGAAAUAAUGAGAUCUUUUUCUUCAUCAACAAACUUGCAAAAAGGUUUAAGAAGUAAGAAAUGAAACCUGGUUCAACGUGGAAAUGAUUCUAAUUGACUAACACACCAGCUCACCUUUCUAUGAUCUUCCAUUUCAAAGACUCAUGCUUCCCCUUUGACCAUGACACCAUGUCAAUCUUUUCAAACGUUUUUAGGAGUAUUAAGCAACAUUGUAUUCAGCUCUUAAUGCACUAGUCCCUUACGGAUGACUAUGCUGACUGAUCUAUUAUCUAUUUAAA